AUGGCGUCGAAACGUAUCUUGAAGGAGCUCAAGGAUUUACAGAAGGACCCUCCUACAUCGUGCAGUGCCGGUCCUGUUGCUGAGGAUAUGUUCCAUUGGCAAGCAACAAUCAUGGGGCCUGCGGAUAGCCCUUACACAGGAGGAGUAUUUCUAGUUUCCAUUCAUUUUCCUCCUGAUUAUCCUUUUAAGCCUCCUAAGGACUACAUCAAUGCCAUAAUGGGGAUGCAUGUGAUAUCUAACAGUGCUGGACAUAGAAGGUUGAGUGGAAGGGGGUAG